AUGAAUAAUGAAUUCGAUCCAAACUUGUAAAUUUAUAAGGAUGGCUAAAAUAAUAGCCCUGUUUCUGAAAUGUUGAAGCCUUAGGCACAAUAGUCAGAAUUUUAUUAAUUAAUUGAAUCUCAAGAUAAUGUAACAAUAUAAUAAUUUGAAAUUCAAUUGAGAGGAGGAGGCUGUGGGUAAGCUAAACCAACGUAAAAAGUGGAAGAUAAGUUAAUUAUUGAUGUACCCAAGGAUUUAUUGAUUAAACUAGAAAAUUAUGUUAACAUUAUCAAUACUAAAGCUCCACUUUUGAUUGAUCCUUAACAAAGAAAUGAAGUAAUAAUUGCAUUUUAAUGGUUUAUGUAUAAUAGAGAGCAUUUGAAUACUUGUUGUGUUAACCAAAAUUUAACUUAAUCAAUAUAUACAAAAUCAUUGAAUUGUUUUAGGGACUUGCUAAAAAUUCUUCCUGUUUAUUUAAGAUCUUCGUGGUUUUUAUGCCAUUAAGUUCUUUAAAUCUGUAAUGACUUUUUAAGGAUUAUAUAUUCAUUUUAAGUACAAAAUGAGGAUAGACAAAUGGAAUUAACUAUGCAAUAAGAAUUUUUAUAAGAUGUCGAGGAAUUUAAGGUAUAAUUGGGUGUUGAAUAAGCAAAUGUAUGGAAUACAGGAAUAGAAUAUGAAAUAACUCUAAUUAAAAUAAUGUUAAUGAAUUGCCAAACAAAUUCAGAAGAAAGAAAAAAUUUAUUAAUAAAUAUUGUUAAAAAUGUUGCUUAAUCAGCUUUGGCAAUGUCACCUACUGAAGACUUAAUCCCAAGUCUUAUUGAAGGAGCUAAAUUUUUAUUUUUACAAUACAAAGACAAAGUGUUAUAUCCUGAAGAGGUGUAUGCUACUUAUUAUUUAUUCCAAACUCUUAAAUGGUCAAUUGUGAGGCAAUUAAAAUCUUAGUACUCAGUCUAUAAUCAAUUGAAAUAACUAAAAGAUGCAUUUUAAUAAUAUAUUCUAAAUUCAGAUAAUUGGAUCAUUCAUUAUAGUUGGAUAUCAAUGAUAAUGGAUAUUUUAGCAUAUAGACCCAUAAUUGAUAAAUUUGAAAUAGUAAAAGGUUCUCCAGUAGAAUAAUAAUCAAUGUGGAACAAUUUAAUUGAAAAUAACUUAAUUCUUUGUCUUCCAUAUAAUAGAAAUUAAGGGUCUGUAGUGAUAUUUCAAAAUCAAGUAAAAUAUUUUAGCAAAGAAAUAAACAGUUUAAUGGACUAAUGGAGUAUUCCCAAAUUUAAAUUAAUUUCAGAUUCUCUUAUAAAAGGUUAAUUUUCUCAAUAAAUUAAUCUUUGGAAUUUCUAUAAAGAUUUUACCUUUAAAAAAAAGCAAGAAACUACUAUAAAGGAAUAUGAAAUAGUUUUACAAAAUAAUGAUUUAUUAUUUAUAGAGAAGUAAAUUGAAAGAUUUAAUUCUUAGUUAGAUGAAUUAGUUAUACUUUACUAAUAAAUCUAAGAAUUAUUUACAGAUUAUUUUAUUUAAUAAGAUAAUACAGUGCUGUAAAUCAAAUUACUCUAAGAUGGUUAUACUGUUUUUAGAAAAUAGUUUUUAGAUGGAUAUAAAUAGGCCUUAUAUUAUCUACUUUUUAUAAUAGAAAGAUCUACUAUUGAGUUUGAAAAAUUAAAAUUACUUUUUCCUUGUUUAGACAAAUUUAAGAUUGAAGUUUAAGAAUAAUUAAAAAAGAUUUUUUAGGGGAUUGAAGAAUUAAUUAAGGUCAAAUUUUAAGCCUUCUAGAAAGACUUUAUUUAAAAUUUUCUAAAAGUGGUUGAGUAUGUGAGUUAUCUUUGUGAAAUUAGUAUAAAUCCAAUGUCAAAAAAAUAAAUUUUAGAAGACAUAAAUUCCAAGUUUUAGAUUCAAAAUCACAUCAAUUUUCAAUAAAAUUCCGAAAAGUCAUUAAUAUUAUAAUAGUGCUUAAUAAAAAUAAAGGAAUUUUAACAAAAAUUUUGUUUCUCAGCAUCAAGUAUUAAAACGCAUGAUUACAAUAUCAAAAUUACUCCUUUACAAAUAUAAGCUAUGUCAAACAUUAUAUGCUCAGGUUAAUGGAUCAAAGUAAUAAGACAAUAGUUAGUUACUAGUUUUUCAGAUAGAUUUAGAUUGGGUCAAAAUAAAGUUACAACUAAAGAGGAUAUUGAAAAUAUCUAUAGGAAUUGUGUUUUUAGCCUUUAUAUGUUAAAACUUAUGAAACAAUUUUGCUAAAUCCACUAAUAUAAAAUUAACACAUUUGACUAAAACUUAGAGUAGGAAAAAAGUUUAGCUAUUCAAGAGCAAUAAAAGUUUUAUUAAGAUUUUAAAUUAAUGUUAAUCUAAUAUUUAACUUAAUAAAAGGAAAAACUAGAGUUUAUUUUAAAAUCAAAAGAUAUUGAUAAAGGUACUAAUAUUAGUAAAGAAAAAAAAAAAUAACUCCUUUAAUAAAUAAAAGCAGAUUAUUAGAUGAUCCAAAGUGAAUAUGAAAAUAAUAUUAGCUAAGAAACAAAAACAAUAAAAUUGUAGGUUAUUAAAUUCAUGCAAGAAGCUUAAUUGAUCACUAUAUAAAAUUAGAAUGAAUAUUAUGACUUUGAUGCUUUAAACAGUUUAAUGGAAAAAUAUGAUAAUAUUAUAAGAGAAAUUGAAAAUAAUUAAGGCAAAUUCAAUAAUAGUCUAGUAGAUGAAAAAAAAUUGAAUUUCUAGCGUUGGAUCAGAAAGAAUAAGCAUUUAGAUUUCUGUCAUUUUUGUGUUGAUAAAGAUUUGAAAAUGAUAAAGGAUACUAAUAAAUUGCUAAAAUUAUUAGAACAAUUUUUAAUGUUAAUUAUUGAUUAACUUUAAUAACCUGAUAAUGAAGAAAUUAAAACUCAUAUCAAUAACUUCAAUACAUAAUUGUAACAAAUAGAAGCUAAAUUUAACAUUAACAAAUCAAUUGCUUCUUUUAUUGAAAGUUUAAAGGGAAAUAGUUAAUUAGAGAGUUGCGAAUGUAUCAUUUAAAGUAAUUAAUAGAUUGCUUCAUAAAAUUAGUAAAUUGAACAAGGGAAUGAUUAAUAUAUUGAGUAAGUUGAAUCAACUUUAUAAGGAAUUUUAGCUUACUUUUAAUUAAAAUAGUAAAGUACAGAUAAAAUAUCUCAAAAUUUAGACCCAACAUACUUAAAUAUAAUAAAUAACCUUUCUGAAUAAGUAACAAUAAAAAAGUCAAUAUUUGAUGUAUUUGAUUUGAGCAAUGAUUAUAAAAUUAGAGAAUGCUUAGCUUAUAAUUUAAUAAAGCUAUAAUACGGAAUUAAAGAAGAAAAAAUAAUAGAUUUUUCAUCAAAACUGAUUCAAUAUCUUUGGGUUUUCGAAAAAGAUUAAAGAGUCAGAAAUCUAUUGAAAAAUAAGGAAUUAAUUGAAAUAUAAAAACUUUUUUUUUCUAAAGAUAUCAAGUCAACAUCAGAAUAAAUAAAAUAAGAAAUUAAAUUAAGAAUCAAUAGCAUAGAAAGCAUUUCAUAAGAAUUAAGACUUGAAGGGAAUUCUCAAAUAAAAGAGCACCUUAAAUAAUAACUCAAGCUAGCUUAUGAAGAACUUGAAUAAUAUAAUGAUAAUAUUACUGAGAUGUCAGAAAAAAUGGAUAUAAGUUUAAUAUUUUUGAAGGAUAUAUCAAAAGAUGUGAAGUAAAUAAAAAGUUAGAUUGAUAAUUUAUAAGAGAGUUUAAAUUAAGUUGGGGAUGAUAUUCGUAAAUUAAAAGGAAAACGAUAUGAUGAAUUAUUAGAAAUAAGAAAAUAAAAGAUAUUAUUAUAAUCUAAAUUAGCAGAAGUAGAUUCUGUAUAUGUUUAAGUAAAAACUAUUGAAUAUGAUCCUGUUACUGGAGCAAGUAUUAAAUCCAAAGAUGAAGUAGCAAUAACCAAUUUAAUGUGUGAAUAAUGGAAUGAUUUUACUGGAGAAGUUAAUGAAUUUAUUUGGGAUGAGUCUAAAUAAAAUGAUGUCAUGUUACUUUCAGGAAAUGCUGGUUCUGGUAAAAGUAAAGCAGCUAAAAAAAUAGAAGAAUUUCUAUGGAAAUAGAAAGAAAUUAAUUCUAAAUGGAUUCCUAUCUUUGUAUCACUCCCAACUUUAAAAAAUCCUAAAUAUAAUUUAUUUGAAUAAGCUUUAGAAUCUGAGAAUUAUUAAUUUGAUAAAUAUUAGCUUAGAGAAUUUAAAGAUGCUAUCUAAAAUAAAAAAGAAUAUAUCAUUUUAAUACUUGAUAGUUAUGAUGAAAUGAAAUAAGAUUGUAUCUAAUAAAAUCUAAUUAUAACGAAUAAGUUAAUUAAUGAUUUGAAUAUUGAUGAAAAUUAAAAAUAAGUCAAGAUAAUCAUCACAACCAGAAAAGAAAUAUUAAACACUUUGGGUUAUUAAACUUGGUUUUAUGGGAAUAGCAUAAGGAGUUUAAAAGAAGUUUAGAUCUAGGAUUUUGAUAAAGCUUAAAAAAGUAAUUAUUUAAUUCAAUAUGCUGAACUUAGUGUAAAGAGAAAAAUAAGAGCAGUAUAUGAUUUCUUGAAAUAAAUUUCAUAAUAAAAUUUUAUAUUAGAUGAAUUUUUAAGAAUAUGGUAUUAUGUCAAGGAUGAAGUUUAUCACAGUAUUUAAAAUUCUCAUAAAGGAUUAUCAGAAUAUAUUUUUGAAAAUUCUUAGAGGGAAGAAUUAAUCAACAAAAUUUUAGAGCAUUCUCCAUUUAAUUAUUUAAAGGAGGAAUAGAUUAUAGGGCUCAGGAAAGAUUUGUCAUCUUUAUGGAGUGUUUAUAAAUUUGAAAAGGCUAUCGAAAAUGUAGGAAUUGCUGAUUUAUUAUCAACUCCCUUCAUGUUUGAAAUUAUUGUUUAAGUCUUACCUAACAUGGCAAGAAAAUAGUAAGGGUCAGUCGAUUUAAAAAACAGAUUUUUUUAGAGUUUUCUCAGUAUUAUAUAAAAAUCUAGUUUAUCUAAAAGUUUAGAAGAGAAUUAUAAAAAUAAUUUAGAUCAUAAAGAAAAUAUUUAACCAAUUUUUGAAGGAAAGAGCCAAAAAAUUAAAUAUUUUGAGUAACUAAAUAAACUAGAAUUAAAAACAAAAACUGAUGAACUUUUAGAUUAAUUGGAAAGCUUAAAAUUUUUUUAAUUUUACUCAAUUACCAGCAUUCUAAAAAUUGAAGGCUAUAACUUAUUUGUUGAUAAUAAGUCGUUUGGUGUCAAUGGUCAAGAUAUAGAAUGUAUAAUACAGGCUUUAAAGAUGAAAAAGUAUACAAUAUUUGAGUUCUAUGAGAGCUUCAUUCAGUUUUAUCAUGAUUAAUAAAUUCAAAAGUUGAGAGAGACAGGUAAAAUUUCAAAUUGGGAAAGUUUUUAAAUAGAUAUAUUAGAAUUUUCAUCUAAUUUAGCAAUAGAAAUGACUAAAAACUAACUAUCUUAAAUCACAUAUUAAUAAAAAGGAAAAUUGAAAUUAACAAAUAAUUAUACUAAAGAAUACAACGAUGAUGUUUGGCUUGAUGAUUAUUUUAAUGAUUCAUAAUAGGAACUUGAUUAUAAUAAAUUAAUAAGAAGUUGUAUUCUCUUAAAUGCUAAAGGAAGUAUCUAUUCCUUUACUCACAAAUCUAUUUAAGAAUUUUAUGUUGCUAAAUAUAUAAUAGAAUUGCUGCUAUAAUCUGGUUCUUAAUUUUUGAAUGAUAACAAUUUGGAUUAGAAAUAUGUUACCAGAUUGAUGGGAUCUUUAUAUAAUCAACCUGUAUUAAACAUUUCAAAGGAUCAUUUUAAAGGAGUAUUAACAUUUAUCAAAGACAAAUUAAGUAGUCUAGAUAACAUAAAAAGAGUUCUUAUUAAUCUUGUUAAAUUAUCCAAAAAUGAGAAAUACAAAUAUGCUGCUUCAAAUAGCAUUUUCUUAUUAUCUUAAUUGGAUGUUUAUUUAGGGUACGAAGAUUUUUCAGAAAUUUAUUUAACUGAUACAAACAUCUCAGGUUUAAGUUUUUGUUAUGCAGAUCUAAGUAAAUCUAAAUUUACCAAUACUAAUAUUAAUUCUUGCAAUUUUAAUUAUGCUAAUUUGACAAAUGUUGAAUGGACAGAUGUAAGUUGUAAAGAAAAACCAUUUUUAAAAGAAGAUGAACCUGUUAGACUAGUUGAAUUUUCUCCAAAUGGGAAAUUAAUUGCAUCUAAUGGAAAAGGCAAUUUAGUCAGUCUUUGGGAUGUAGAAGAUUAUAAAAUCAUAUAAUAAUUUGAUGAUCAUCAAGGUAAAAUUUUAUCAGUUGCCUUUUCUCCUGAUAGUGAAACUCUAGCUUCAGCUAGUGAUGAUAAAACUAUAAAAUUAUGGGAUAUUUAGAAUCCAAAAAUUAAAUCGUUGAUUUAUACAAUAGACUAUCAUGAUUAUUCAGUCACAGGAGUCAAAUUCACUUUUGAUGGGAAAAAAAUAGUUUCAGUUGAUUGUUCAGGAAUGCUGAUAAUUUGCAAUUUGGAAGGUAUCACAGAAAAACCAGAUGAUAUUAUAUUUUAGUAUGAACAGCAAAUAUUAGCUUAUACUCUGACAUAAGAUGAUUAAUUGAUUGCAUUAGGAUUAGAAGAUUCUAGCAUUAAAUUAGUUGAAGUAAUUACUAAAAAUGAUAGGAUUUUAAUAGGUCAUACUGGAAAGAUUAAGGCAUUAGCUUUUAGUAGAGAAGGAAAUAGAUUAGUAUCUGCAUGUACAAACUUAUUAUUAUUAUGGAAUUUAAGAGAUCAUUGUAAGUCCUCAGUUUUAUCGUUUUAAGAAUAUUAAAUCUAAUAUUUAACCAUACCCAAUGAAACAGAAAUAGUCAUUGGAGCAGAAAACUAUCUAGCUUAUGGAGAAUUUUAGUAUGAUCAUUCUGCCUAUUUUGCUAGUAUAUCAUACUCUUAUCCUGUUUACUUGUUCCCUAAUUCUAACUAUGCUGUGAUAGUUUAAGUUUAAACAAUAUUAAUCUUAGAUCUAAAUACUUAAGCAAUUAUUAAUAGUAUACAUUUUCAUGAGGAAAUUUCGGAAAUUGAAAUUGCUAAUAAUGAAUAGAGGUUAGUGAUAAGAGCAAAUGGUGUAAGAUUUUUGGAUUUAAAUACUUUCUAGGAGGUAAUUCUUAAUAAUAGAAAAAACAAAUAAUUUUAUAAUCAGGAUUUAAUCUUUGAACAAUGUUAAAAUGAAAUUAUCAUUUAUGAUAACAUGAAUUAGAACUUAAAUCAAUCAAAAGAAUAUGAUUAUUUCCAUAAUAUCUAAAUAAAUUAAUUUUCACUCUAAGCUAAUUAUUAAAUAUUGGCUAUGAUUGCUAGCUAAUCAAAAUAAAUAUCUUUAUAUGAUUUAAAUGGAAAAAACUUGCUGGAUAAUUAAAUUUAAAAUUAAAAAAGAAUUUCUUAUAUUGUCUUUAGCCCUCGUAAACCUAUUUUAUCCACAAUAUUUGAAGAUGGAAGUUUAUAUUUUUGGAAUAUUAGCAAAGCUCCUUAUGAGAGUUAGAAAUUCAAUGAAAUUGAUGAGGGCAUUCAAAUAGAAUCAAUCAUUUAUUCUCCUGAUGGCUCAUUAUUAAUUAUUUCAACUGAUGAUGACAAAAUUAGAAUUUUAGAUGAAAUUAAUGGAUCAGGAAUAACGAUACUUGAUUAAUAUAGGGCCUCCAGGGGGACUAUUAUAGUAUCAUAUGACAAUAAUACCUUGGCUAUUCAACAAGGAUUUAUUUAGAAUUAAAUAUUUUUAUGGAACUUAUACAAGAAUGAGGAAAGAGUUUUGGAAAUAGAAGAUUAAAAUUACUACUCUAUAAUAAUUCAAUUUUGCCCUGAUGGUAUAUCUUUAGUAUGUUUGAGCAAUGAAAAUUUAAAAUUUUGGAAUUACAAUUCAGGAGAGACGAUUAUAAAUUAUUCACUUCCUUCAGAUUAAAAAUAUAAUAGUAUUUGUUUUUCUAAAAAUGGUAAUUUAUUUUUAACUGGUGGAAAUUACAUUAGGAUUUGGAGAUAUUUCGAAAAAAAAAUUGAAAUGAUUAAUGCUUAUAAGCCUCAAAGUUAAAUCAACUAAUUAUAAUUAAUUGAUAAUGACCAAAAUCUUAUGUAUCUCAUGAAUAAACAAUUAAAAAUAAUUCCAAUUUCAUAAUGCAAUUUAAAGGGAAUAAUUCCUACUUUAACGUAAUUUGGAUCAUUUUUAAAUAAAGGAUACCUUGUUACUAAAGACUAUCUUGGUAUAUAUAUUUUUGAUUGGAAGUUGUAGAAACAAAUAUCUAGUAUCAAUUAUAAUCUUAAUCAGGUAGAGUUCUUUUAAGAUGUUUUACAUUGCAUAAUUGUAAAUAAGAGGAAUAUUUUUAAAUAAAAUAUUUAUUCAUAAGUGGAAAUCUUUAAUAUUACUAUUUGUGAAGAAUGUUAUUCACUCAAGCUAAGUAAAAAUGAUUAGAUUCUAAUUUUAUAAUGUGAAAAUACCUUAAGAAUAUUCAAUAUUGAAGACCCUUUAAACAUUUAAGAGAUUUAAACUUAUACAAAUUAGUCUUUAAAAAAAUUUACUUGGACAAGUAACAAUAAUUAUAUAUGUUACCUAUCGAAUUAAGUUUUUGUUAUUAGAGAAAUAAAAACUCAAAACAAAAUUAAAUUUUUGUUUCCAAAAAGUAAAAUACAACAAGUAAAUUCUUUAGAUAGUAAUAAUAAAAUAUUUCUACGAAAUUCAGAGGGUUCAGGUAUCUUUAAUCUUGUUUCUUAAAAAUUUGAAGUUUUUUAUGAAUUAUUUAGAUAAUCUGCAAUUUCUUCAGAUGGAUAGUUAAUGGCUUGUAAUUAUCUAUCCUAUGGAGAUGACUAUUCAUAAUGUUACUAAUUUAAAUUUUAUGAUAUUCAAAAUAACAAAGACUUGACUGUUAUUAAUGAUAAUUAGAUAUUCCCAAUCAAAAUUUCUAAGAGAGGCAAUUUGUUGCAUUACUAUAAAGAAUUUAACUAAGCAAUUGUAAGUUCUUUUGAUGAAAAUAAAUAACUUAAACAUCUCUGUUCUUUCCAGGGUGGUUCAAAUGUGGAUGAAGUAUCAGUAACACCUUCUUUUGGUUAUAUAACUGUUAAGUAAUCAAAGAGACUCAAAUUAAUGAAUUUGAAUUGGAUGUCAUAAACCGAAAUAGUAAGUAUAAAUUAAUCGAAUGAAAAUGGCAAAAUUAAUUAUUCUUUGGUAAUUUCUCAUGAUAAUUCAUAAAUUAUUUCUGGGUAAUCUUCAGAUAUUAAGACAUAUAGAUUUGAUUUAGAUAUUAAAAAAAAUAUUCACAAAAUUGUUGGAGGGAUAAUAAAUUGUAUAGCACAAAUUGACUAAAAUUUUGUAAGUAUCGGUUGUGAUAAAAGGUUAUAUUUGAUUUGUCUUCAUAAAUAUAAGGAUACACUACUAGGAGAACAUAAUAAAGAUAUUACAUGCCUCAACUAUUCAUAGAAAACAUCAUUACUAGCAUCUGGUAGUAGAGAUUAAAAGAUAUUUUUGUGGAAUGUGAAUGCUAAAAAGAAAAUAGCAGUAUUUGAAGGUCAUACAGCAGAUGUUAACUAAUUAUCUUUUUCGCCUGAUGGAUAGUGUUUAGCCUCUGCAAGUGAUGACAACUUAAUUAAAUUAUGGAAUAUUGAAUUGAGUGAAUAAUCAAAUAUAUCAAAAGGACAUUAACUAUGUGUUAACUAAGUUGCCUUCUCAAAUGAUGGUCUUAUUAUUGCAUCAUGUAGUAAGGAUCACUCAAUUAUCUUAUGGGAUUUAUUAGAAAAAACCUUUAUUAUUAUGCUCGAAGAACAUACGGCAGAUGUACUAUGUUUAGGAUUCUCUUUUUGUUCAAAAUGGUUGGCAUCAGGAAGCUCUGAUGGAUCAAUAUGUUUUUGGGAUGUGAAGUUUCCAUAAGAGACAACUUUGCACUAUAAAAUAAAUGAGCUGUAUUUAUAUUCAAAUUUCUUAUGUUUUUCUCCAUCAGGUUGUUUUGCUACUAUUUCAAGUGAUGGAGGCAAAUAAAACUAUGAUAAAUCAAAAAUAGUUACUAAAAUAUAAAUUUGGAGUUUGAAUAAAAUAGAUAAAAAAGAUAAAAAUUUUGAAAUCUCUAAAUAUGGAAUCAAUCCCAUUUGUAUUUCAGAUGAUGAUGAUAUUAUAUUUUAAGGCUAUGAUAAUUUAGUAUUGGUUCAUAAUUUAUCAACUGACUAAAGUGAAAAUCUUGAAGGACACUAAUCUGAAAUUGUAAUAAUUAGAUCCUGGGAUUAUGGCCGACAAUUAUUAUCAAUAGAUAAACAAAACAAUAUGAUUAUUUGGCAAAAAACAAAUAAUAGUUGGAAAAAGUAAUCCAAAACUUUAUUAGAACCAUGUAUUGUUUAAUUUGAUAUUAUUAAAUUUGAUAACCAAGAUUGGUUGGUUUCGAUAAAUAGUAAUGCAAUUAUCAUAUCAAAUCUCAAUUAAAUGUAAAAAUAGUUGCCCUUUGUUGAUAUACAAAUCGAAUUCGAGCGUAGUUAUUUAUCAAACAGUUAAAAAUAAUUUAUAUUAAUGGGCUAAGAUUAAAUAACAUUAAUGGAUAGCGUUUCUGGAGAAAUAAAAUCCGAAUUCAAGAAUCUAAACAAUCUCCAAAAGUCAAUUAUAUCAUAUGAUGAUAGAUUUUUAGCUAUAUUAUAAGGAUAAAGACAUAUAAUCAUUAUCGUUGAUAUUUCUAAAAAAUAAGAAGAUGUGAAUUUAGAUAUUGAAGAAAAACUUAAGUUUUUUGAAUUUAGCAGGGAUGAUUCAAAUAUUCUAUUUACGGCUUCAGAAAGUUGCAUGAUAUUGAAAUGGAACAUAAAAAAUAAAUAAAAAGAAACUGUUACUAAAUUAGACUUUUAAUAGUUAGAUUACUUUUUAUAGUUUUCUAAGACAUGCAAUUUUAUAGUUUAUUCUCCUGAUAAUACGGAAAUUUUCUUAGCCAAUCUCAAAAAUUAAUAAAAGUAAUAAAUUUAUACUGAAAGUUUCACUGGAAUUUCAGCAUUUUCUUAAAAUGAAAUUUUAGUAGCUUUGGCUACCAAAAAUUACAAAAUUUAUUUAUGGAAUUAUGAGAAAUCAAUUUCUACAGAAACUACUUUGAUUCAAAAACAAUUAACACAACAUCUAUAAUUUAUAAAUGAUGACACUGAACUGGUUUGCUGUUAAAAAGAAACUAUUUGUAUUUUUUCUGUUUAGGAAGAUUUUUCAUUAAAAUUAAAAAAUAUUUGGUAGAUAGGAAAUUGUGAUAGAUAUACUUUCUGUCCUAUGCAUUUAUCAGUUUUAAUCUAUAUUUAAUAUGGAAAAUAAAGGGUUUUCUUUUUGAAUCCUGGGUAAAGUAAGAUUUUAAUAGAUGAACAAUAUCAGCCUUUACGGUUUUGCUCAACUUACGAUGGAGACUAUAUUGUAUAAUUAAAUUAAUACGGCUUUAUCAUAUGGGACAUUUAAAAAGAAAAGCAAAUAUUAAAUACUGAUAAAUGGUCUGGAAAUAAUGCAAUGCUUAUAGAAUUAAAGACAUUGGUAAUAGGAAAUCAGAAGGAAAUCUAUAUUUUAGAUAUCAAAGAACUAAAUAAUAUUAAAUUACUAUAAAAAAUUUUUUAAGGUUAACCUAUGAGAAGUCUUUCGUUCUCUUCAAAAAAACAAUAUUUUGUUUGUGGAUUUGAUAAAAAAAUAAAGGUAUGGAAAUUUGCAAAGGAUGGAUAAUGGUAAUAAAUAUCUAUUUAUGAUAUAUAAUAUACUGGCAAAGCAAAUCCUCUUAUUUCAGCAAAUGGAAAUUUUUUUGUUUACAAUGCACAAGAAUCAUACUAAUUAAUUAGGAUUAAAUAAUUACAUACAAUAGAGUUAAACGAUAAAAGUGUAAUUGGUCUUUAGUAUUCAUCAGAUUUCUAAAAUUUAAUUACACUAAUAAAUGGGCGUCCUACACUGCUUACCCCUACCUUAGAUAUGAUAGAAGUUCAAUUAGAAAGAGUCAUAGAAGAUAAUGAAGCCAAAUCAAUUGUAUCAGCCUCUGUGGAUUCAAUAUUUGCUAUUUUAUAUGAUGCUUUCAUAUUAAUAGUUAAGAUUAUAGAUUAAAGGAAAUUAAUUGUGAUUAAGUAGAUAUCAUCAGAAAAUUUAAAGAAUUGUGUUACUUUCGGUAUCAAUCCUUUCGGAACUUAAUUAAUUGUUGGCAGCGUAUCUGGAUCAAUUUAUUUCUGGGAUUUAACAGACUCUGAUGAUGAAGAGUUUAAUAAAUUUGAACAACAUUUGAAAAUAGAAAAUUAAAAUAAUUAAUUGAAUAGUUUUACUUUCAGUCCUAAUGGAACUGAUUUUGCAGCAGCAAUUUUUGAUGGAUCUAUAAAUUUAUAUUCAAUUGAAUAAAUUAAGAAUGAUUUAAAUUUAAAACAAAAUGAUGAAAAUUAAGAAUAGAGUUAAAUUUAAGUAGCUGAAAAUAUAAAAAAAGAAUUCAGAUUAAUUUGUUAUAAAUCAUUUUCCAGAUAAUCUUUGUUAUUAGCCAAUUAAAGCAUAAUAAAAGCUUCAAAAAUCACUUAAAAUGGAAAAUCAAUCAUUUAACUAUUCAGAUAAAAAGGAGCAAGGGAAUGA